AUGCGCUAUCGCACAUUUCUCCUUCCAGAUGACGACGAUGACUUCGAAGACACCCACGGAUUUGCCCUCGACAUGGACGGCAUCUUGGGCGCUUCCUCCCCCUCGCGGCGCGUAUCCUUCACGACGUCGUCCGAACGCGAUCGUCCGUUCGUCCGCCCUUUCGUCCCCAAACCCAGGCCUGUCGCCGUGAAAACCAGGGCGAAGAAGGCACCCGCGGCGCUGGCAGCGGACCCGGCACCAACGACGCCGGAGAAUCCUCGCGAGCGCCUGGACGUGGCCGAGGGCGUGGCUGAGCGCGUGCCCGCGCUCUCACAGGCACCUCCGCGCUGCCCGUCCACUCCGGAAAAGGACGCGGACGAUGUCUUACCGCCGUCCUCCCCUAUUUCAUCCCCGCUGUCUUCGCCGCUGUCGUCGCCCGUUAAGGACGGCGACUCGCGCGAGCAGGAGAGGGAUUUGUCGCUCCCCCCGUCAUCGCCCAUACCCAUUCCGCGAUCGCCUGUGCAGGACAACGAGAGGAGUAUGGUGGAGUUUGAUAUGACUCCUUCGCCUCCCUCGCCGACAUUGGAUGCGCUACGCAUCACGUCGCGCGUUUCGGUGUGGGCGCUGCUUAACCCCAUGCCGGAUUCUCCUCAACCUGUGGCCUUUAAGGCAGCCUCGCCUGAACCGGUGGUGCAGAUUGAGACUUCACGGGAAGGUUCGACUGUGCUGGUGACGGACGGAGAUGUAACUCCGUUGGCGUUGGGCGAAGCGGAUGCAGAAAUGAACAUCGUAGCAGAGGUUGUGGACGACGCACUGGAAUCUGUUACGAAGUCACGCGCAGCCUCUCGUUUACCUUCCGCUGCAUCGUCUCGUGCCAGCACGCCCGAACUCUCCAUUCCCCGCGACAUUCCUUCAUCCCCACUAUCCUCUCCUCCGCGAUCCGUCGCGGGCGAUCACGAUGUGGCCGUCGACAUCGAUGCUGAUGUGGAUAUCGAAGAUCAGCUCCCGCCUUCCUCACCCCGAGACGAAGAAGACACAAGCGGAGGACGCUAA